AUGCGAGUGUCCCCUCUCACUCACACCAAGCACACCUCCGCGCUCGCCUUGCGGCUGCCAAGACCAGACGCUCCCCGGAUAUCGCCAUAUUCAACGUCCUCGACACCAUUGCCUACACCUCCCCGGUUCUCAUACCACAUCGCCGCCUCCUUCAUCGCCAAAGACUGCCCUUACGACCCAUCCGCCCACGUGUUCCACUUCAACCCGUAUAACCGAAUCCAACCACCCCGUCACCGGCGCCGCUCCUCCCGCCCCAAUUCCGGCCACGAUGCCUUCUUCGUCAGCCGCAUCAACGACUCUGGAGCAGUGGCCUUUGGAAUAACUGAUGGCGUAGGCGGCUGGGUAGAUUCGGGCGUCGAUCCGGCGGACUUCUCGCACGGCCUAUGCGACCACAUGGCGGCCUCGGCGUACGAGCACGAUGCGGCAAAAAGCCCGCCUCUGACAGCGAGGAGACUCAUGCAGCAGGGAUACGAUGCCGUGCACAGAGACCGGUCAUUACAUGCUGGCAGUAGCACGGCCUGCGUCGGAAUAGCAUCCCCAGACGGAACGCUGGACGUGGCCAACCUGGGCGACUCGGGGUUCCUGCAACUUCGUCUCAACGCCGUAAACGCCUACUCGGAACCGCAAACCCACGCCUUCAACACGCCGUUUCAGCUGUCCCUCAUACCGUCAGGUCUCGCCGCACGAAUGGCGGCCUUUGGCGGCCAGCAAUUAAGCGAUUUGCCUCGCGAUGCAGACGUUUCCCAGCACCAUGUCCGCCACGGCGACGUGCUCAUGUUUGCGACCGACGGCGUCCUCGAUAACCUCUUCAACCACGACAUUCUUAAAAUCGCCAGCCGCGUCAUGGUCUCGAGCGGCGCCUGGAAAAUGACCCCCUCCGGCGGAGUCCGCGUCGCCGACUCCAUCGACUCACUAACGAGGCCAUCAAGCUUCUUCGCCGAGGCCGAGGCCGAUUCCGCCGGCAAGCCCUCCAGGACCGUUACCCUGCAAAGCCUGCUUGCCACAGAACUGGUCGGCGCUGCCAAGACAGCAAGCGUCAACACCAAGGUUGACGGGCCAUUUGCCAAGGAAGUGCAGAAAUAUUAUCCCCAUGAACAAUGGCACGGCGGCAAAGUCGACGACAUUUGUGUCGUGGUGGCUGUCGUCUCGGAGGACAACAGCGGAUCUCGUAGCAAACUCUGA